CUCGUCCUCACUUCACAUUGUUCAAGCGUCGUCGAUCUAGGACCUAAUCUGGAACAUUUACAACACCAAGUAUAAGUACGCUGUGGUAUCAUUUCCCAAUUCGCUCGCAGUUGUCUCAUGCGUUCUACCUCAAUUGGCGCUUGGGCCUUGGCUUUGCUGUGCAUGUCGACCUACGUCCACGGUUGCACGAACGUGAGUGUGGAAGGCGACGCCACGUACUGCGUUGAGGGGGCCAUUUGUGGCGACGAAGGGGAUGCUUGCCCCAACCAAGGCGAUGUGGCAGCAGCCAACUGCGUGUCUAACAUCAAGAGUUUCGUGGCCAACGGCCAAUGCGUGGCCCCUGUCACUGCAACGUGCCAACGAAUCAAGUCCGGCGCCCGGGGCUGUGUGUUUUCGACCUCCCCUAGCACCCCCACUCCCAUUACCACGUUGCCAACCGUCCCACCAACGACGGAGGCACCUUCGGGUUCGCUCCCUUCGUCAACUAAAACGACAACCACCGCCCCCACGUCGGCGACACCAACGCCCAUUAUCACCCCUGUCAACUCGACCAAAUCCAAUUCCACAGGCCGUGCAAUCGAAACAAUCACAUUUCCUCCCCAAAUGACGACAACGGCACCGGAACUACUAUGUGCGGAAAAGUGGAGUCAGUGCAAUGGCCAGAAUUGGCCGAACGGCGUCUGUUGCAAGGACCAAGGGUGGCAGUGUGUCUACCACUCGGACGUGUAUUCGCAAUGCUUGCCAAACUAAUGUUAGCAGUUUGCCCUUCCUACGGAGAACUAGUACAGUAUGCACAAACUACGUAAAGAUUCGAAUGCGAUAAGAAACUUUGCAUUGUCA